AUGAAUUACCAAAUUGCCGAUAAAGAAAGCAAAAUACUCGGGAGAGAAAUCAGAGAGGAAGCCACCGAGAUCCAAUCAACCUCAAUAGACCAUGAGAAAGAGGAAGCAGUGAUAGGGAGCGUCUCUCUGAGGGAUCGCCUCAAGCAUUUCACCUUCGCAUGGUACGCCAUGACCAUGUCAACUGGAGGAGUAGCUUUUGUCCUCUCGGUCAUUCCUAACCGCUUCGACGGACUUACUGGUCUCGGAACCGCCAUCUUCAUUCUAAAUCUGUUCCUUUUCACUUGUGUCACGAUCACAAUAUGCUCUCGCUUCAUACUACAUCCAGGAACCCUCACACACUCUCUCACCAACCCUCACGAGGGCUUCUUUUUCGCAACCUUCUGGCUCUCCCUCGCCACAAUGAUCACCAACACUACCGCAUACGGGAUCUCUAAUACUGGCCCCUGGAUUAUCACUGCCCUCCGCUGCGCCUUCUGGGUCUACACCAUCUGCGCGACCCUCCUAGCAAUCUUCUAUUACCACAUCCUCUUCACCGUUAAAAAGCUCGUCCUCAUCAACGUCCUCCCCGGCUGGGUCCUCCCCAUUUUCCCCGCCAUGUUAGUCGGCACGCUCGCCUCAGCAAUCGCCAAAACCCAACCAGCCAAACAUGCGCUCCCCAUCCUCGUCGCCGGACUCUCCUACCAAGGCCUCGGCAUGAUGGUCGCAAUAAUGAUGUACGGGCUCUACUUUGGGCGUCUACUAACCUCCGGGCUUCCCGUCGACAUGUCGCGCCCGGCAAUGUUCAUCGCCAUCGGACCCCCCUCCUUCACUGCCCUCGCCUUCAUCGGCAUGGCGCAAGACGUCGCCGCCACCAAGAUUUUCUCAACAUACGUCUCCUCCCUUCCCGGCAUUUCGCCUCAGUACCAAGCCCUCAUCCCCGACCUCCUGCAGAUCCUCGCCCUCAUUGCAGCGAUCUUCCUCUGGGUCCUCGCUUUCUGGUUCUUUUCCAUAGCAUUAGUAGCUACGAUUGAAGCAGUGGGAAGAAAUGAUUUCCAUAUGAAUUGGUAUGCAUAUGUUUUCCCGAAUGCGGGGUUUACGGUUGCGACGAUCAAGAUUGGAGAGCGCUUAGAUAGUAGGGCGAUUCAAGGGGUAGGGUCCGGGAUGGGGGCGGUGUUGUUUUUUCUUUUGGUGCUGAUUUAUGGGUGUCAUGUUAGAGCUGUUUUGCAGAGGAAGAUUUGUUGGCCUGGGAGGGAUGAGGAUGCGCAUUAG